AUGCUAGCCAUUGUCUUUGCCUUGGAGAAAUUCAGGUCAUACUUGAUAGGGUCGAGGGUCACCAUCUUCACGGAUCAUGCUGCCAUCAAGCACCUGCUCGCCAAAACAGACCCAAAGUCGGGGUUGAUCAGAUGGGUCCUGCUGUUACAAGAGUUUGACAUCAUCAUCAAGGACAAGAAAGGAUUCCAGAAUGUGGUAGCCGAUCAUCUGUCUCGAUUAAAGAAUAAAGAUGUCACCAAGGAAAAACCAGAGGUAAAAGGUGAAUUUCCUGAUGAGUUUCUUUUGCAGGUUACCGCUAGACCUUGGUUUGCAAACAUGGCUAAUUACAAAGCCAUGAGAGUCAUUCCAGAGGAGCUUAAUUGGAGUCAAAGUAAGAAAUUCUUGCACGAUGCACGCUUCUAUGUGUGGGAUGAUCCUCAUUUGUUCAAGGCAGGAGCGGAUAAUUUAUUAAGGAGAUGCGUCACAAAGGAGGAAGCACAAAGCAUUCUUUGGCAUUGCCACAGUUCACCCUAUGGCGGUCACCACAGUGGGGACAGAACAACAGCAAAAGUGCUACAAUCAAACUUCAUGGGGCCCCUUCCUUCGUCAUACGGGAAUGUCUACAUCUUGGUAGCUGUGGAUUACGUCUCCAAAUGGGUGGAAGCCAUAGCCACGCCGAAGGACGAUGCCAGGGUAGUGAUCAAAUUUCUGAAGAAGAACAUCUUUUCCCAUUUCGGAGUCCUACAAGCCUUGAUUAGUGAUGGGGGAACGCACUUCUGCAACAAUCAGUUGAAGAAAGACCUGGAGCACUAUAAUGUCCAACACAAGGUGGCCACACCUUAUCACCCUCAGACGAAUGGCCAUGUAGAAAUUUCUAAUAGGGAGCUCAAGAUAGCGUUCAAGACCCCCAUCGGCUUAUCACCAUUUCAACUAGUGUAUGGGAAGGCAUGUCAUUUACCAGUGGAGCUGGAGCACAAAGCAUAUUGGGCUCUCAAGUUGCUCAACUUUGACAACAACGCAUGUGGCGAAAAGAGGAAGCUACAACUGCUGGAAUUAGAAGAGAUGAGACUGAAUGCCUACGAGUCAUCCAGAAUUUACAAGCAAAAGAAAAAGGCAUAUCAUGACAGAAAGCUACAAAGGAAAGAAUUCCAGCCAGGGCAGCAACUAUUACUCUUUAACUCGAGGCUAAGGCUAUUCCCAGGUAAGCUGAAGUCCAAGUGGUCAGGGCCAUUCAUAAUCAAAGAAGUCAGACCUCACGGAGCAGUAGAAUUGGUGGAUCCUAGAGAAGAGAACUUUGAGAAGAAAUGGAUCAUCAAUGGACAACGCUUGAAGCCUUAUAACGGAGGACAACUAGAGCGAUUGACGACCAUCAUCUACUUAAAUGACCCUUGA